CGAAUACGUACACACAUUCUUGUUCUCUGCGAGUGUGUUGAAUGAAAAAGAGGGGAAGAAAAGAGGAGAAGAUGGGAAGACUGCCGUGCUGUGAUAAAGGUGAGGUGAAGAAAGGUGCUUGGACUCCUGAAGAAGAUAAGAUACUUCUUGAUUACAUCACUAAGAACGGCCAUGGCACUUGGCGUUCCUUCCCAAAGCUUGCAGGUCUUCGACGAUGUGGAAAAAGCUGUCGACUUAGGUGGACCAACUAUCUUCGACCAGAUAUUAAACGUGGUACCUUCAGUUUUGAAGAAGAACAAAUAAUCUUCCAGCUGCACAGUUUGCUUGGUAACAAGUGGGCAGCCAUAGCAGCACGGCUGCCGGGAAGAACAGAUAACGAGAUAAAAAACUACUGGAAUUCUCAUUUAAGGAAACGCAUCCCCAACAACAAAGGCCUUAACCUGCAAACCAAGUCAGCAGAUACAAAUCCCAAGUUGCUGUCAACCAACCACAUGGCAGAAUGGGAUAACGCCAGGGUGGAGGUCGAUGCCAGGUUGUCGAUGGACCCAAUGCUCCUCAGCCCAGCAACUGGUGUGGGCGACUGUGACUACUUCCUUCGUGCAUGGAAUUCUGAAGCUGGAGAAGCAUUUCAAAGAGCAAAGGAUUUCAAUCAGGCGGUUUGCUCCAUCCCAAGCCCUCGAGCAUCCUCCUUGAUAAAAGUCGAAUCAGAUUCCGUAGUCACGAUGCAAGCAGAACCCACGUUCACCGUCACCUCAACUGGUGCAUCUUGUAAUCAAAGUGUCGGCGAGCAUAUGAGAUGCAAAAUCGAAGCUGAAGAGGCAACGAACAGCACUUCAUACUCCCCAAACUCAUAUAAAGCAGAGAAAUCAUCAGAUAUAACAUUGGAUCUGCUGCUUGAUUUUCCCAAUGACGGUGAAUAUCUAGAAUAUCUACAAGGCGAGCCAAAUGAUAAUUCAGCUUGACCACCAACACAACAGGUGCU